AUGGUCUGGGUCAAGGUCGAGAAAAGCGGAAACCCGUGGUGAAAACAUCAACGCCGCACGUGAAGAACGGUGAGAAGACGAUCGAGACGCCUAACAUCUCAAGAAUUGACGAGACACCAUCGAAGGCCUCAUCGGUGAAAGCUAAAACCCAGUUUCCGACUUCUUCCUUUGCGGGCGGAAAGCCUAUGACCACUAAGACGAGGUCGGCGGUGAGUGGUCACCUUCCGAAGGCUCAGAGUACCUCAACGGCGGAAAUUUCCAAAGAAGAGAAACUGCGGCGGCUGCGCCACGUGGCGCGGGCUUGUGAUGCUUUAUGUGUGGUGAUCUCGCGGGCGGAAGAAGACAACGCUCGAAUGCGAUGUCAACUGGAAGAGGCAAACGAGAAAAUCGGUAAGUUGUACUUUGAGAAGUGA